AUUCUUUUGAGACAUGUGAGUAGUCGCACGAUUUCGAGCGCAAAGUAGGCACUGAUAUAUAGUUUUAUAAAAUUAUAAUGUAUUAGUAACAAAAUUUUCGUUUCUUUUAUAUAUGAAUGCUUUUGAAGGUACCGCUGGGAACAGACGAGUGCACUCAAAAUCUCAGUAGUUCCGAUACGGAGACACACGUAGAAUAACAGGAGACCAAAUGGCCAAUGUAGUCGUGAACACAACCUCGCCCAUGGCCGGACGCCGCCUGAACCGCGACGUAAACAGGCUGUUGGCUGCGGGGUAUCACACAACCGUUGACGACGACAUGACCAAUUUGGACGUGCGCCUUGAGGGACCGAUGGGCACUGCUUACGAGGGUGGCGUCUGGACGGUGAAUGUGUCAAUGCCCCAGGAAUAUCCAUUGAAGGCGCCGCGCGUACGUUUCGUUACCAAGAUUCUGCAUCCGAAUAUAGAGUUCACUACCGGGCUUGUGUGCAUGAAUGUCUUUAAGCAGGCCUGGUCGGCCAAUUAUGAUCUGGUGAAUAUAUUCGAGACAUUCUUGCCGCAAUUGUUGCGGCAUCCGAAUCCUCACGAUCCGCUUAAUCAUCAUGCGGCGGCCAUUAUGAAGCGUUCCGAGCAGGACUUUCGUGAUACUGUAUCCAUGUUUCUUCGCAUGUACGCCCUACCGAUUGUCUUGCCAGGUCAAUCCAAGGAUAACUACAAUCUCGAGAAACGCUCCUCGGAUUUGAGUUUGUCCGACCUGCUAUCCGAUGAUGAUGACGAUUAACUGUUGGCUGGUCUUUUGUUUUUUUUUAGUAGUGUGCAUUUUCCUUGAACUACCAAAUGCUAUAUUUUUUUCUUUUGAUCAGGAUUUGUAUUGAAAAUGUAUUUAACAAAGUAUUCGAAAGUCUUAUAGUCUAAUAAACGAAAAGUAACAGACAAAA